GCUGUCACCGCAUGACUCCGUGGCGCAACGGUAGCGCGUCUGACUCCAGAUCAGAAGGUUGCGUGUUCAAAUCACGUCGGGGUCAAUGUGUAAUUUUUUAAUAAUUAUUGGCUUUGUGAGUAAGCAAAUUAAUUCACGGAAAGGAUACUUUAAACUAACGCAGCCACAACGUAGCUUAUUAGAAACAUAACCUUUGAUUAAUCAUCAUAACCUCGAUGUUAAAAAAGUUGAUUUACAAUCAUUAGUUACAAUUAAAAUUCUAUUUAAUCAAAAACAAAUUAUAACAUGAAAGUAAUAAAAGGAAAUUGGAAUACCCUGUUGAGCAAUUACGAGGUUCUCGAUAUCCUUCAAAAUACUAAAUCUUAUAAAAAGCAACAGAUGAAUCAAUUAGCAACCAUCACUUAUGAGACGAUCAAAUAUUUGGAAUCUCUAGCUGGAGUAUGCAAGAAUCAGUCUCCAGAAAAAAUCAAAGAAUACUUAAAAGCGAUGGAGCCUAUCAAACUAACAAAAGCUGAAAAGCUUGCUCUUCUCAAUAUCUGCCCUACCACUCCACUCGAAAUACAAUUGUUGGUAGAAGAAAGUGAGGAACGCUUGACAGAGGAAGAAGUGGAAACUGUACUCCGAAUCGUCGCAAAUGUGCGAGAUGAUCCAGAUAUAGAACAAGAGACUUAAUCUAAAAUUUUAACAUAGCUUAUUUAAAUAUAUUUUAUAUGUACAUUUUAUUUGUAAUAAACACUAGAAUGGAAAUAGUAUAAUAUU